AUGGUUCAUAUCUUUAACGGAUUUUUUAUCCCAAGCAUCAUCGCUCUUAGUUCAUUUAUCGGUAGUGACUUUACAGUUGAGUUCAUGAAUACUGAUGAUAAUCAUAAAGAUAAAUUUAUACUUAAAUUGAUUAUGAAUAAAGCAGCGGAAUCCUCCAAGCAAAUUCCAGCCAUAAGUAUAGAGAAAGGUGAAAUUGAAACAAAUAGAGAGAGUGAAACAAAACAGAGGAUUAGGCUGUAG